GAGGGCCAUGGCGGGCCCUGCGCGCUCCGCUUCCGGCUGCUCCUGGUUCCGCUUCCGGCUCCGCGCGGCCUCACCGACGCUCGGAGCUCUUACGCGGGCUCCGCUCAGGCGGCAGCCGGAAACGGAAGUGCUCCCGGCGUGCCCCGCGCCAGCGCGCCCCCACCACUUCCCCUCCCGCCUCCCGGCGCACGCCGCGCAGGACUACAGCUCCCAUGGUGCCCCGCGGCGGCGGGCCCGCGGCAGGGCUGCUCGGGCGCCGCGGCCUGACCUGCCCCGCAGCGCCCCCGUGCGGCCGUGGGCGGAGCUGCCCUGUGCGGGGACCCCGUUGGCAGUGCCGAGGAUGGGGGCUGUUGGUGCCAUGGCCGCCUUGGACGAGUCCCUGUGGCAGCUGGGCCGCACCGCCUGGGCCAGCCUGGAGGGCUGCCUGGGGGCCGAGCCGCUGCGUCUGCUGGCCGAGAGCCUGCUGGCUGCGCUGUGGCUCACCGCCUCGGCCGUCUCAUCGGGCCUGGCCGUGCUGAGCGGCGCAGCGGGGGAUCUGCUGGACGCCUGCGGCCUGCACGGGGCCCGGCUGGCCGGCGGCGUGGCUCUGAGCCCCGGCGCGGUGCAGCGGGUGCUGCUGUGGGGGCUCUUCGCCCUGGUGGGGGUCCGCCUCCUGCCGUGGCUGCUGGGCCUGCUCGUGGCGCCGCUGCGGCCCGCGCUGCGCUGCCUGCGGCUCUGCGCCUUCCUGGGAGCCUUCCUAUACGUGGCGGCGGCGGAGGGCAGCGGCCCCACGGCGCGGGCGGCCACGCUGCUGGGGCUCUGGGGGUUCUACGUGCUGCUGGGGGGUGGCCGGGCCCCCCCGCCAGGCCCCGGCGCGCACCUGGAGGCUGCCGUGCGCAGCCUGGAGUGGAAGGUGGAGGAGCUGCAGAGGAGGCAGCAGCGCUACGGGGCGGCACGGGGCCGUGCGGAGGAGUGAGGGGUGCCUGGGGGGGCCCUGCGUGUGUGGGCCCCCCCCCCCAGCGCCCCACAUCAGUGCCCCACAUCAGUGCCUUCACCAUCGCCACACCCAAGCCCUCAACUCGCUCGCACCAAAGUGCCCGGGGGGUCCCAAACCGGGUGCCUCCCCCCCUUCCCCAUCCCCACCUCCCCGUCUGCCGUGGGAUGAGGGCCACGUGCUUGGUUUGCUGUCGUGGAACGGUUUGGCCACCAAAUAAAGUGUUUGAGUGCA